AUGGAUAAAGACGACUCAUUUGUGGCGGCUAACGUGGUAGAUAUGGACCCAAACAUGACAAAUCGAAGACAACAACGUACCGUAGUACUGGACGAAGGAGCACAUGCUAGUACAUGUUACUCCAGAGUAUCUCCCCCCAAAGCAGUCAUCGAUAGCAGUCCACUACAGAGCGCCAUGGACAAAAACAAAGAAUCACUCAAAGUGAAGUUGCAGUUACGGCGUUCCUUCGAUCAGCUGGUGGAACAAGGAAUAAUGCCUUUGCUCAAAACAUCACCUGCAAUAUACGAGCAGAGCCGGCAGUUGGAGCGAGCCAAGACCGGCGAUCUGUUGAAGGCAAAAAUAAAAAAGCGCCCCGAUCGCGUCGAGCUAGAGCAGCGCCACAUUCUUGAGCAGUGUGAUAGCAACAUUGAUCCCAGCCUAGCAGAAAAACGCCGCAUGCUAGAAAAGGCCAUCCUCGUGGAUCAACUCAACUUAAAGAUAUCGCACCGGCCAGGUCCGCUGGAUUUAAUCGGCAAAAAUAUUCUUCACGUUGAGGAACCGAUCGAGCGCAUGGUGAAGGAGGGUUUGGUGGAAUACGCUUCGACGCUGGACGAAUCGAACGUUUCUGUAGCUACCCCCAACACUGUGGGUGAGGGAGAAGAUUCCCUUAGCUCGGAAGGUGAAUCAUUACACAGCGUGGCGGUGGCGCUGGUGGGCCAACCGCUUGGCCAAGCGGGAUCCGCUACUCUCUUGCAACAUCAAAUUCAACUGCAACCGUUGCAAACUGCAUCGCCAGCUCAACAGACGCAGAUUUUGGCUAGACAGCCCGAGUUUUUUACACUUGAACCGACGAUCCCGAUCGUCACGAACGAUGGUACCGUGCUGGCCGCGAUUACAACUCCCGUCGUGGCCGCGACAACCGUUGCCACCAUCACGGCGGUGAAAGCUGCCAAUAUUGGAUCCGUAGCGCAUGUUCCGAUGGAUCAGGGCACCAGCAACAACAGUAAUACAAGUAACAACUCUUCUACUGCAACUAGUACACUGCGACCCAUACUGCCAACGCCAAGUGCCAACCUUAGUAACAAUCUUGCUUCUGUCCGGCCGACGCUUACCAUGACAACCAUCCCUUCGGAUAUCAAACAAUUGAGUGGCAACAGCAGCAACAGUUUUGCUCCCAGCAGUAGCGGUGGUGGCAAGGAAAAGCUGCCCAAAAAGAAAAGCAAAUCGAAAAGCAUCACAAAGGCAAAGCCUAUUAAAUUCCACGAAUACAAGGGCCCUCCAAACGCGCACAGGGGCUCGUCAUCCGCUGCAGGACAUGGUUCGGGCAACUCCUCGAGUGACAGCAACUACCAGCUCAUCAUGCAACAGCAGUAUUUACUCGAGCAUCUUGAGAAGGUGUGCAAAAAUCAUGCCAGUGUGCCUUCACCUUCCAGCCGAGAGCAACAAGUUACAACCGACAGUGAGGAUGUAGGCAACGAUCAAAUUUCUCACGAUUCUCCUCUCGGGGCUGGCGGUGGAGGUGUGACAACGGGAUCCACGCCGAGCGCGGUGGAUCUUGCUGUCGAAACGCUCAACAAGUUAAAAGUAUCCCAACUCAAAAAGUACUGUAAGCAGUACAACCUUGCCGUAUCUGGCACUAAAUCGAAUCUUGUCGAACGUUUGAAACCGUAUCUGAAAACAGUAGACCCACUGGUCGUACCCCUGACCGGAUCACCGGCCAUCGUCGGUACGAGCGGCCUCGUGAAUGGGACAACAGAACCAGAGCUGGAAGAUAAUCUGCUAGCGGAGCAACAGAAACGAAUAGCGGAACUGCAGUUGCAGCUCCAAAAGAGCCAGGAAGAGCUGCAACAGUUCCGCUCGCUGUGCAAUAAUCCUUUUGUCGGAUCCGGAACUUCGGAUCAGACAAUGUUGAUCAAUCCGUCAUCCCAAGCCUCACCGCCACCAUCCACAGUGGCAUCAUCCCAGCAGAUAAGCGCAGUUUUGGCUGCUUCCCCCUUCUCAAUAGCUCCAGUCGAUUCGGUCGAAACAAACUGCGGGGGAGAUGGUAAUGAGACUGCUCCUGAUCGAGUGCCAGCCGAUACGACGGUGGCGCCGUUGGAGGGCAGCUAUUUUCUUGAGCGUCUCACAGGAGCUGAUUCCACAACCGCCAAAUACGGCGUGCACGGGCAUGACAUGCAGGACAUUUUACAUUCUGAGCACUCGAGCACGUUGCCCGUGGACCGUAGUCCAACGCAUCGUCCUACGCUGGAUAAAGUGCUAGGACAGGUGCAGCCAAGUAUCUCCGGACUGACGAUGAAUGCCGACACUGGGUCGGAUCGGACGGGCAUGUCGUCAGUAUCGGUUGGAAUGGGAAUGAGUUCUCUCCCUGGCACCGAUAUUGCUGCGAGUGUCGGUAGUUGCAAUUCCAGAGUGGUUGGAGGUAACACCGUUGGAGACAUGCAUCAUCUGUCGUUGAGCAUGAAAUCGGUCAAUUUUGACACGGUUAAUGACACCGGAGACAGCUCGAUGCAACAGGACACGAUUAUGCUCAACGACUUUGAGGACAUUGAGCUGGUGGACUUCCACAUGCACUCGCUGGACAGUGAUGGACCGUUUCCGAUGAUAACAAACCACGAUCCGGAUCCAAGCGGUACGGUUGGGCAUGAGCCACACGGUACAUUGCAUGGCGAAAUGGAUGUAAUGUGCAGUAGAGAUGAAUCCAACACCAGAAAACUAGUACCAACCGUGUUUUCAGACCAGCAGCAACAGCAGCAGCAACAACAACAACAGCAACAUCAACAACAAAACAUGCACGACGACGUGAUGCACCAUCCGCAACCACAGCACACGUUUUUAAAUAAUAACGACAUCGGAAGCAGCGAAUGCCUUGGUGACGGCGGUGUAGUCUUGCGGCUGGAUUUGCUGCAACACAACGAACGGCAGAGGAAUGCGUCUGGUUCUGGCUCUAAGCAGACACCGUUCGCCGGCCUUGAUCACGGUUCUAAUCAACACCUCUUACAGCAAAACCAUCAUCAUCCCAACCUUGAGCAUCAUCGGCAGCUUGAUGAUAGCAACAAUAAUGUAAGCUUCGAUGGGAACCAGUCUGCAAUGGGAUCACUUCGGUUUGCAGUGCAACAACAGCCAGUCGCAAGCAGCAGCACCAGCAGUACCAGCAGCACCAGCACUAGUCCUAGCAGCUGCUUCAAAGGACUUGGAACAUUGUUAUCGUCGAAGCAAGGCAGCAAACCGAUUCACAGUUUAAACCUGCAUCAACAGCAGCAGCAGCACCAGCAGCGUCAGCUACAGCAACGGGAACAACAGCAACAUCCACAUCAUCAGGCUUCUUCUCAUCAUCUUCAACAUCACAAAAAUUUAUUGGACCAACUUGCAUCCCCAUCCGCCUUCGUAAGCAGCAAUAACGCCAUCAUUGGUGACCCAAUCGAUUCGUUUCAAGACAACGCGAUGGAUUUUGAAAGUUUGCUCACGAACGAAACCGACGGUGUGCUGGCGGCCAACAACUGCCACCGGAUGAUGCUUGACUGCUCCCAGGAUAAGCCCAUGUUCAACUACUUGCCAGAGUCGGGCAUACUAGACAUCUUCGAUGAUUGUAACGGGCACGAUUACGAAAUAAAGCAUCUCGAGUACUAA